UUGAUAAUCCAAAUUCUUAUGUCGUCACAUUUAUUUCAAAAAUUUUAAGUCUAGAAGAGAUAAAUAUAAAUUAGCAUUUUCCAUUAACCGCGUUUCGUAUAUAGAAAGGAGUGACACCCUGCAGUUACUUUUCUAUUUUAUAGAGAGCAAAAAAAUUGUAUCCAAUAAUCCUUUGCAGAUUCGUUAUGCCAACUUCUGAUAACAAAAUUAUUUCCGCUCACAAUGGCACAUAGAGAUAGAUUUCUGAAGAAAGCAAAAUUUAUCAAGGAUGAUGAAAUUAUAAAGUCAAGAAAUAAAUUCAUUCGUUCAAGGAUACGAGUUGAGAAUUUGAAAAAAGUUUUAUUGUCUAAACGAAAUAGCGAAACUGAGGUAGUUGACAGUGAAUGGGUUGCAAGUGGAAAAUUAGGAACACGCGAUGCUGUUCUCAAGUUUCGUACCAACAUCCUCAAUUCAGACAUUUCCGCUACAUCAGAAAUUCAAGAUUCAAAUUCAGACAACAACGCAGCUGAUUCCAAGAAUCCCGUCAGCGGUUCAUCAACCACUCCUCAGUUAUUUGAUGGUCGAGGUCGAAGCAACAGCAUAGUUACAAAAUCCGCAAAAGAAUCUGCUGAGUCUGAGGAUACUGAAGCGGAUUUAAAUGAGUCGGGAGAUUUCCAAUGUGAUUCAGAGUAUUCAAAUCAUGAAGCUGAUGAGGGUAAUAUCGACUUGCCAUAUUCGAGAACGAUGCCUGCACACGUACUUAAAAUAACGUAUAAGUUUAUGCAAACGGAGACCAGAUUAAUUAGGAAGAUUUUUAAUAGACAUGGUUUAACUGAAGUACAAAAAGAUGAAAAUUUUAGUAUACUAUGGACUGGUGUUCAUAUAAAGCCAGAUAUUCUUCGAAAUCUGGCACCAUACCAAAGAGUUAAUCACUUUCCACGAUCGUAUGAGUUGACCAGAAAAGAUCGUCUUUACAAAAAUAUUGUACACCUUCAACAUUUGCAUGGAUUUAGAAGUUUCGAUUUCGUGCCUCAGUCUUACAUGUUACCGAAGGAGUUAAAGGAGUUGGCAUCGGCACAUAAUAAACAGAAAGGUCCGUGGAUUGUUAAACCAGCGGCUUCAAGUAGAGGACGAGGAAUUUAUAUAGUCAAUGCACCUGAUCAGAUAGAUAUGGAUGAACCGGUAAUUGUAUCUAGAUAUAUAGUAGAUACGUUAUGCAUUGAUGGUCAUAAAUGUGAUAUACGUAUAUACGUGUUAGUAACAUCAUUCGACCCGCUCGUUAUAUAUAUCUACGAAGAAGGGUUAGUUCGUUUAGCAACAGUAAAAUAUGAUCGUAGGGAAGCACAUUUAUGGAAUCCAUGCAUGCAUCUUUGUAAUUAUAGUAUCAACAAAUAUCAUAUGGAUUAUAUAAAGCCAAAUGAUGACACCGAGGAAGAUAUUGGUCAUAAAUGGACAUUGUCGGCACUAUUGAGGCAUUUAAGAGUUCAAGGGCACAAUGUUCCACAGCUGAUGGCUAAUAUUGAGGAUCUUAUAAUUAAAUCGAUACUUGCCUGUUCACAAACUGUAAUUGCAGCUUGUCGUAUGUUUGUGCCAAGCGGUAAUAACUGUUUUGAGCUUUAUGGAUUUGAUAUUCUUGUGGAUAAUUCGUUGAAACCGUGGUUGCUUGAAGUGAAUCUUUCGCCAUCAAUGGGUGUUGAUAGUGGUCUUGAUACUCGUGUUAAAGCUUGUCUUUUAACGGAUCUAUUGACCUGUGUCGGAAUACCUGCAUUUAGUACCUCAACACGUGAUACCUUUGACAAAAAGUGGACUCGAUUCCGAAGUAUAAACUUUGGGAAACGUACUAGUUCUGCUGAUUCCGGUAACAAACGCCCAAGUGUUAGUGGAAGUCAAAAUCUUCAUCCGUUGACUACGGAAGAACAACGAAUCGUUCGUAAUGCUUGCAUGCAAAAUGCCCGACGUGGUGGAUUUGUGCGCAUAUUUCCAGCAGAAGACACUAUGCAACGUUACGGACACUAUUUGGAUACUACAACUGGAAUACCUCUUUCAACUUCUGUUGCACCAGGUCAAAAUUUAUGCCCUAUGGUAUUACCACAUAACUACAAUCAAGUUUUGUUUGAUAAUUUAUAUGGGAAAAAUGCUGUUAAUAAGGGAGCAAAAGAAGGUAAUUCAGCAAAGCAGCGAUAUGCACAGUAUGAAAGGGCCUUGGCAAACUCUACUCGUAUCGUAUUCUGUAAAAAAAAUAUAGAAAAAUCAGAGGAAUUAUGUAAAAAUUUGCGAGCUGAAAUUCUCUCUUACAUUAACAGCGGUUCUGAGCUAACACAGUUACAAGCACGCCAAACGUUUAGUCGAUAUUUGGAGGCGGUAUUGCAUCGUUUAACGAAGGAACCCAGAGAUUUUCAUGAAAAACUAAUACUAAAGUUUCUAAAUCGAAUUGGUGGUGCCUUUAAAACUCCUGUUUUAUUUAAGAAUCCAGAAAAUGCGAAAGUUGUUAACAAAGCACGUUCAGCAAUGGUAGCAAAAUUGUUAUCUGAUUUUCUUGAACAAUAUAUUAGGGAUACCGAGGCGUAUAUAGAUUCUUUUGAAUACUACAAUAUGAUACCGACAAAAUUAUACAAUGAUUUUUUAAAUCAUGCAUUGGAAAGUGAUUUAGAACACGUCUUAGCGUUAAUUACGUGUUUGACUGGAUUAAUGCCUUACCUAUACAAUCGGUAUGGGCUCUCAGUACCGCCGACUCCUCCUAUUCCCUCUGGUCAGUAUGGCUUUCUGAGAGCAUUACCUGCAAUGGUUGCUCGUGGUACAGGAUCAAGGGAGUUUCACAAAUGUGAAUCAUACUUAAGAAUUGAGAAAGCAAAUGCAAGUGGUAAGUGUGAUAAAUUGCCUUAUAUAGCGGCUAAUAAGAAAAGGAAAUGAAGCAAUUUUGAAGGAUACGAUAGGGUUAUGACACUAGAACGGAAAUGGAAAGGAAUCGAUUGAAAAUUUUUAAGCAUGAUUGGAAAGAAAACUUUUUGGGUUUAUAUUUGAAGAAAUUUAUGAUGAAAAGCUGGUCUGGCUGAAAUUAUUUUGAAAUUUUAUGUGUCGAAAAUUAUAAUUAUAAAUUACGAAUAUUAACGAAAUUCAAGCGAAAAAUAUAUUUUUAGUAUUAUAAAUUUAUUUUUUCGCGUCAAAAUCUAUAAUACGUCCACACUCAAAAUAAGGCGUCUGAAGAACUGCCAGUGAAAACAAAUUUCUUUAUUUUUGAUGCAAUUGAAAUGAUUAAAUAAAAGUAAUAUAUAUUGUA